AUGAAAAGGAGAAGAAUAAAAAGAUGUAUAUGUCAAUUCUUAAGCAAGUUACAAUUUUACCUAACCAUAUGGCUAAGAAUAAAAGAUGCAAUCAAAUACGUGUUUGGAGCCCUUAUGCUAAGGGAAAAUUUACAUUUUAGGACUUACAGGAAGAGAAAAAUUUGUCCCAAUAUGACUCUAGUACUAGAUCUCGAUGAGACACUCAUUUAUUGUACAAAAAAAAAAAAAUUCAAUCAUCAGAAGGAGGUAGAUGUGUUAAUCAACGGGAGGUAUUUCUCCUUAUAUGUUUGUAAGAGGCCAUAUAUAGACCUCUUUUUUUCCAUGUUAAAUCCUUUUUUCGAAAUUGUUAUUUUUACCACUUCCAUAAAAUCGUAUGCCGAUACUGUACUCAACAUAAUAGAUGUGGAUCACUACAUUGAUAAGAAAUUUUACAGGGAAGACUGUUUUGAAGUGAGUUCAAAAAUUUAUAUAAAAAAUUUACAAAGUAUAAAAAAGGAGGUUUCAAAAAUGGUUCUAAUUGAUGAUUCAAAUGUGUCUGGUUAUAAAUACCCUGAAAAUUAUUUCCCGAUUAAAAAAUGGCAAGGGGAUUUAAACGAUACAGAACUGCUAGAUAUAAUUCCUUUUUUUUUAAGCCUAAGGAAAGUCAGAGAUGUGAGAUCUGUGUGUUCCUUCAGACUAAAAUCACAGAAGGACAUUGAAAAAAUAUUUGAUACUGUUCCUUCCAAGCAUAUUAAGUAUAGGACUGAUCGGGGAUGUCACUUUUUAUAUUCGCCAUCUCUUGCCUUCCAAGCCAUUAACUAUUUGAAAAUAUUUAUGAGUCGGUUCAGGUAUGCCAGCUCUAAGAAGCAGUGGAAUGAAUUGGGCAAGAAAAUCAAUAGCAAGUUGAAGUCCUACCCCUUUUCCCUCUCCAAGCUUAAAGGCUCCAGUGACGACGAGCAUCGCAAGCGCCACCGCAAAAUGGUUCCGAAGAAGUUGCACCAAUAG